UUUCCACAUUUGGGAUGAAGCCUACGUCGUUUCUGGUUGGUCUCGCCGCGCUGGUUGGCCUCGCUUCCGCCGAGUGUCCUGGCGGGUGCUCAGGCAACGGCGUGUGCGGGCCUCGCGACAUGUGCUACUGCUUCAAGAACUACGCCGGCAACGACUGUGCACAACGCGUGUGUCCGUUUGGGUUUGCCCACAUCGACACGCCCAAGGGCGACUUGAACAUGGACCGCGACCAAAAGACCACGGGGUGGAUCCUCGAUCAGUCUCAAGUGUACCCGUACAAGACGUACGAGUGGUUCAACCCCGACGCCAAGACAGACGAAGCGCACUUUUACAUGGAGUGCUCCAACAUGGGCAUCUGUGACCGCGCCACGGGCAUCUGCGGCUGCUUCCCCGGCUUCGAAGGCUCUGCCUGCCAGCGAGCGCAGUGCGCCAACAACUGCAACGGCCGCGGCGUGUGUAAGUCGAUCAGCGAAAUCGCCGCCACUGCCGACGCCAAUGGCAAGGUGACGGGCAACCCUGGCGGCCAAGUCGCGACCAAAUACAACUUGUGGGAUGCCAACGUCGGCCACUCGUGUGUGUGCGACCCGUGGUUCACUGGCGGCGACUGCUCCCGCCGCAACUGCAAGGUCGGCGUCGAUCCGCUGUACAUGGCCGCGGGGUUCCCCGUCCUGGAAACGUUUAUCAUUUACACGGGGAUUGUGCCAGCGUCGACGCAUUUGGACCCGGUCAACUCUUGGUAUCGCCUUCGAGUGUUUGACAAUUAUGGCGCGGGGUACCUCACGGAUCGCAUACCGAUCUACGCAACGGCGGACGGAGCCAAGGCCGUGGAAGCGAUUGAGAAUGCCUUUUUGAAUAUCCCGAACGACGUGUUUUCGUCCAUCGAUUGCGAACUCGUGGGUACGGCCGGGACGUUGGGCCAGGGGGUGGAGACGGCGGCGGUGGCGAGCGAAGAAGGCACGGUGGUCGUGUGUCAGUACAUUGAUAACCCCGGCGACAUGCGGUUGCCGGAAGUGGCCGACUCGCGCUUCGCCAUCACGGGCAACGUCGUCCAGACCACCGCCACCCGCGCGUUCGUCGCGGCCGGCGACCGCCGAGGGGAGAACCGCGAGUGGAUCACGACGCCGUCAGUGUUUGCCUUUGACGACACGACGUCGUCCACGACGGUCCUGUUGAUCAAGCCGGCGGACCCGACUACGACGCCCGCGUCCGUGGCGCCGAUCAACACCAACUCGCUCAUUAAGAUCCGCGACCGCCACCUCCUCGUGGCCUCUGUCCAGACGACCGUGUCCAUCACGGUGCUGUGGCCGUACACUGGGGCCGCGUUCGCCGACUACUCGGCCAUCUUUUACUCGACGUCACUCACGGUUGCAGCGGACGCGACCGCCAAGAUUGUCGCGUGGGCAGUGGGUUCCGACACGUUUGAAAUCGACGUCGACCCCACGACGUUGGCGCCGGGCAGUCGCAUCUUCUACCACAACGUGCACUACUUUGUGCGGUCGAUUUCCCUCACCACCACGCCCAAAACCGUCACGGUGGACCGCAAGUUCAACGGCCAAGCCGCAGACGGCACGGCCGUUUCUUCUGCCACGGACGACCUCUUCAUCGUGUCGACGCCCAACCCGGCCACGGGCUUCUUUGACUACGUGUCCGAGUGCUCCGGGCGCGGCAUGUGCUCUCGCGAUACUGGCAUCUGCGCCUGCUUCAAGGGGUACACGGACGACAACUGCAACAACCAAAACAUUUUGGCGUUCUAGACAGUCGUGCCUCUAUUGUAUACAUAAACAACCGUGUCGUUUGGUUAUUGCA